AUGCUGGAGACCACGUACCGUUAUCCAAGGCCAGCUCCUCUACCGAUUCUCAUGAGACGUUCUUCCUUUGGACAAAGAAGGAUGAAACAUGCUGCACACAAGAAGAUAUUGAGGCCACUUUCCGCGCGGACCUGCGGACCUGCAGACUGCGUCCUUGUGCAACUGAUUGUUCCCAUGUCGUUGGCCACAACCCCUUGGUUAAUUAUAUGGUGUCUUACCAUGGUGGCGUUGACUGGGGACGGAGUCGACUGGUCGGCAAUCCCCGAGUUUGGCCCUGGCGCCGAUGAUCCAUCUUCGGCACCGGUCCGCUUGUUGUGGGUGGACGACUGGAGGUCUUGGUGUCACUCUCAUGGCAGAGGUCAUCUAUGA